AUGAAGUUCACUCCUAAUGUCGAUAAAUUUGCUGUAAAGUACGAUGCAACCAAAAAAAAGCAUAUAACUUUUGACAAUGUCGACGAUCAACCAAGCGAUCUGUCAAAAAAGAGAUCGGCUCCGGAAGUCAUAGAAGACUCGGCUACAGUCACGAAAAAGAAGGCGAAAGUGGACAAGAAGGAUAAAAAAGACAAAAAAGACAAAAAAGACAAAAAGGAUAGAAAAGAGAAGAAAGAGAAGAAGGAGAAGCAGCAUGGUAAGAAAAACGAAAAAAUCAAAGACACGGAAGGUCAGACCGUGAAGGCAGCGGAUAAUAGUAGUAGAGUUGCGAGAGAAACAGAACCGGCCAUCCCCUCUAUUGUCGCAGCGGCUCCAGCAGUCACUCAGUCCAAACCUAUCCCCACACCUAUUGCUGCACCUGUACCUGUAUCUAUUGCUGAACCGUCAGAAAGCUCACCCGUCAAAAUAAGAGGUUCUAAUUUCACACCAAAGAAGAUAAAGACAAAAAAAUGGACUCCUGCUAAACCAAAGACACAGGAAGAAAUCUUGGCCAAAGUAGCAGCCAUCCGUCAAAAGAAAAAGCUGAGAAAACAAGCCAAAAAAAAUGUCAAUGGCGAAGUCAUUGCCAAACCUGACUUCCAACUUCUUCCUACUGGUGUAAAGAAAGUGAUUCCUACCAAAAACCUAGGCGAAUUCGUCCUUUAUGCUUUAUCAGAAACCACCAACUUACCUUGGUGUCAACUCAUCAACAAAUCUAAAAUAAACCACGUUGUAAUGAUGUUUGCCCAAGGUUUGGAUUGUACCUUUUUUGGCGUCCCGGAAGGCACUUUCAAACCUACACCUUUCAUUGAUCUCAGCCAACUGGAUGAAAAGGAAUGGAUUGGAAAGGCUUCCAUGCCCUUUCUGACAAAACAGAGCCAGUAUAUGGUCGUUAAUCAGAUUUCAGGCAAAAAUGGUCGAUUCAAUUCUCCUGUAGCUGAUAUUUUACAGUGCGAAAUGUCUUAUUCUAAGAAAGAGCGACUUAAGCAGGAAGAACAAGAAAAGCUCAAUACUUUUCGUAAUAACAUGCGUGAGUUUUAUGUGCUCACUUUAGAACAAAUGAAGAAGGCAGACUACCCUAUUGCGCCCUUUUUGGAUUCAUCAGUAACAUUGCCAGAAGGUUGGAAAGAGACUCGUCCUCCGGAGAAACCUAGAGAAGAAGGUCAGCCAAAGAGAAUUAUUGCUGUAGAUUGUGAAAUGGUUUUGACUGUAGCAGGGAGCUCACUUGCACGUGUCACAUUGAUUGAUGAAGAUGGAUCAGUACUUUUGGAUGAAAUGGUCAAGCCUGAUCAACCUAUCAUUGAUUACCUAACACAAUACUCUGGUAUUACACCUGCCGAUAUGAAAAAAGCAACCUGCUCACAUCGUCGUGCACAAAAGCAUUUCCGUAAAUUUGUCAACCACGACGUCAUUCUCGUGGGCCACGGUUUAGAAAACGACUUGAAAGCCUUAAAAAUAGCACAUCCCUACUGCGUCGAUACAUCCUUGUUGUUUGAUCAUCAUCGUGGCCCUCCCUAUAAACCUUCGCUUCGUUUUUUGGCUCGUAGUUACCUUAAACGUCAGAUUCAAGACCGUAACGAUUCACAUGUAGGACACGAUUCAGCUGAAGAUGCCCGUGCUACCUUGGAUUUGUUCAAACUUAAGCUGGAACGCAAGCCUGGAUAUGGCCGCUUCAAGCAGACUGAAUUGAUUAUGGAUCGCUUGUUAGCAUUCCGCCCAAGCCGAUCGAGUGCUAUUUUGGAAAGUAGUCAGAGUGAGCGUCGAUCCUUUGGGGCUACCUCCUCAGCCGGAGAGUAUCACCGUGUAGAUACGGAUGAGGAACUGGUCGAGCUUACGAUGCAAAAGGUGAAAGAUACCAACUUUCUCUUUACUCGUUAUCAAACAGUAGACCAUAAUAACGAUGCAGUGAAACUUAAAGAAGGAGAAGACAAUUUACCUAGUGUUGUACCAAGUGCGGCGACAAAGGAACAAUCUGCCGUAGCAAUGAAACUGCAGAGAAUGGAUGAUUACAUUCGCCGUGUGUAUAAUGGGCUUCCCGAAAACUCAUUUUUGAUUGUAACUGGAGGUGUGUGUAAUGUUCCCAAAUACAAAAUGCUUUUUGAUAAACAUAGACACUAUUUAGAGAAAUAUGGAAAUAAGAAAGUGCCAACUGCAGAUAUACCAACGGAAGAGCGAUGGACAAUGAAAGACUACGAACUGAUGUGUAAAUAUGCUUUUCAAGCAAGAAUGGCCACAUCAUUUUUCAUGUUCAAAUCAAUAUAG